UAGUAUGACCAUCUAAAGUGUAGAAGAAUCUUUCUGAUAGCAGUGUUUGCAAAACUCUGAGUUAUUCAGUGCUUAUAUGUAGCUUACUGAAGCUUAAGACAAUUGUUUUGCCUCUAAUUCUUAUACAAGCCAGUCUAGACGUCACUUUUCAAUUUUUACUGAUAUGUGCAUAAGGAAAACUGUAUCUAACACAAACUGUAUCUAAUGGAAUUGGAAACAAAUCACAAUGCUUCAGUUCUCAAUAAUUCAUCUCCGAAGAACAAUUCAAGAUUAGGCCCACAUUCAGGUCUGCCGAAAUAUCCUACCUCGGGUGCAGUGUCCUCUUCAAGUCUUCACUUGACAGUUCCAAGGAAAAAGACAGGCCUACUCGAUGAUGUACGGUUGAGUGGUUGGUUAGAUGCCAUGAAAUCUUCAUCUCCCACUCAAUUGGAGCCAUCCAGAGAUUCUGCCACUGAAUUAACUGAUAAAGAAAUUGCAUACCGCAAUUGGAUGCUCAAGUAUCCAUCUGCACUUGCAUCCUUUGAUAAAAUAACUACUUAUGCUAAGGACAAGAAAGUGGUUUUGUUCCUGGACUAUGAUGGGACUUUAUCACCAAUAGUGGACAAUCCGGAUCAAGCUUUUAUGUCUAAUAAUAUGCGCAUGGCUGUUAAGAAUGUGGCAAAAUACGUUCCAACUGCAAUUAUUAGUGGGAGAAGCCGUGACAAGGUACUUGAGUUCGUUGGACUGACAGAACUCUACUAUGCCGGCAGCCAUGGGAUGGACAUUAUGGGCCCCGUUAGCGCUAAUACUGAUGGUCAUACAAACUGUGUUAGGUCUACAGAGAAGCAGGGCAAGGAAGAUAACUUAUAUCAGCCUGCCAGUGAAUUUUUGCCAAUGAUUGAUGAGAUACGCAAAUCCCUUGUUGAAAUUACCAAAGAUAUAGAAGGAGCCAAAGUUGAGGACAAUAGAUUCUGUGUCUCUGUUCACUACCGUAACGUAGAAGAGAAGAGCUGGACAACAAUUGCACAAUCAGUCCAUGAUAUCAUGAAGAACUACCCUCGACUUCGGUUAAGCCAUGGGCGGAAGGUUCUAGAGAUCAGACCUGUGCUUGAUUGGGACAAAGGCAAGGCUUGUGAGUUCCUACUUGAAUCAUUAGGUUACAGUAAUUGUGACACUGUGCUCCCCAUAUAUAUUGGUGAUGACCGAACUGAUGAAGAUGCAUUUAAGGUUCUGAGAGCUGGUAACCAAGGUUUUGGUAUCUUCGUGUCUUCUGCGCCCAAAGCAAGCAAUGCAUUUUACUCUCUCAGAGACACAUCGGAGGUCCUGGAGUUCCUCAAGUCACUAGGAAAGUGGAAGGAAGCAAGUGCUUUACAAUUGUGAAUUACGUAAAAAAAAAUUAGAGGCAGUUAUACCUAGAAGAUAAUGCUGGUACAAAGCUGUGAAUCAAUUAUCUUACAGUCUCCCUGUUAGGACAGAUAAAUUCCAUAUCGUGGUUAAUUAAAUUGCAGUGUUUUAUUUCACCUUUAUAGUUUUGGUUGCUAGGUUUCCUAAAAGGCAACCUAUGUUUUUGGGCAUUUAACAAUAAAUUGUUUAUUUUACUGUUGGCAACGUUAUAUGUUAUUGUGGUUACCCGGCCUA